GAGGAGAAUAUAGCUGGAGCCUGGAAGAGCGACGACGAGGAGAAAUUCAGUGAACCCGACGCCGGCCGAUAGUACCCCUCUUCUCUUGCCCCAUCUCGUAGUCCGCCGCAGCCCAAAAUAAUGCCCGACGAUCUCACGCCGCCUCCUGCCGAUGCAGUCUCCGCUCCUCCGGAGGCCGGAUCCACUCCGUCUUCACCGCCGCCGCCAACGCCUUCUCCUUCAUUCGAUCCGAGUCGAAUGAUCGGUAUAAUCAAGAGGAAGACAUUGAUAAAAGAGUUGGCGGCUGUUUACCACGCUGAGUGCCUCGCGUAUUGCCAGGAGCUGCUGGAACUACAGAAGAAGUCGGAAGAGCCGUUUCUGGAUUCAAAACCUCCUGAAGAUUCAAGGAAGGAGACAACGAGACCCACAAAACGCUCCAAGAAGGGUCGGUAGGCUACAUCUCAUAGCUGGAAUCUGUUCGCUUUCUUUGCGGAUUGAUAUGGAAGUCCUUCGAAUUUCUUGCUGCUAUCAAAUUGGACGAAUUGGUACACAACCAAAAAUGGUAACUUCUCAUUACAAUAAGACGUGAUCUAGUGGCGCCAUGGCAGUAAUGUGGUUUGAACUGCACCUAUGAUUCGCAAGUUCGAGCUGAUGGCGCUGUUGCUGACGGGAUGCGUUGCAAUCGUCAUCUAAAGAGUGCUGUUGUUUAGUUAUUGUUGUUUUUGUACCAAUACGGUAUGAGAAUGAGAUAAAUACUCUUGUUGGAGAUCGAGAUGGCAAUGGCAGUAGGGAACAAAGUAUCUAGAUCAUU